GUGAAGCAACUUGUUAUUGCUGUACUUUGACACAAAGACAGGUGUAGAUCUGCAAGGAAAAGGGCAAAGGACAAGGGAAUAACAGAAGAGAGUAGUAUUUAACUUGGGCCCGGGGUUGGGAGUUGACUGUAACAUUUCUAAAACUACUUUGAAAAACUGCUCUUGGCGAAUAAUCCCUCCUUUGAAGCAAUGAGGGCUGCAGUGUUUGGUGGUGGCUAUGUCACUGUGAUUCUACUAAUUAGCAUUGUUGAAAGUCAAGCACUGGACCUGCUGAGAGGAGCUGGAACAUCACAGAAUCCCCUCUCCGCUCCCAAGGUGCACUGCUGGUGUUCGAGCUAUCCGAAUGCGACGCUGUGCACCUGGCCUAAACCACCCCACUUCCCUACCACGCAUUACAUUGCUACAUACAGUGAGAGACAUAAUCAGGCAAGCACCAAGGAAUGCCAUCUCCUUCCACCCGGCUCUUCAUCCUCUGAAAAGUUCUGGAUCUGCCAGCUGCCCAACCUGAAGCUUCUUACUGACUACAUCAUCAACAUCACAGCAGUUCAUUCUGGGAGAAGCAGCUCCCAUCUAACAAGCUUCAUGCUGGAGGAUAUAGUGAAACCAGAUCCUCCCGUUGAUGUCCGGGUUUCCCCUACUAACAACAGAAAGUUGUUGGUUGAGUGGUCUCCUCCACCUACUUGGACCAACUUGGCAAUAUUCCCCCUAAAAUACCAGAUUAUCUACCAGUGGGAAAACAAGGGGAUCCGAAGGUCUGUUAAUCUGGGUCCUUAUGAGAACACCACAGUUGAACUGAAGGCCCUGACCCCAGGGAGGCCAUACCUGUUCCAAGUGUGUGCUAGGGAGCUGCUUGGUCUGGGCAAAUGCAGUGACUGGAGUAUGCCCGUGAAGAUCACAAUACCAAGAAAAAGACUGUAGGAAGUUCCACUGACUUCCUUUUUUUGUUUACCCAUUUCCUGUUAAGCUUGCACUGAAGUAAACAAUUUCAUUUUCUGGUAUUUUAACUGCACGAAAAAUGCAAACACAAACUAUUUAUAUUUUGUUUUAUUUAUUAAAGAGUAUUGUAAAUGGAUAUCAUGCACACAGUUUACAUUUCCAGUUUAAGUCAGUAUUUUUUUUAUUAUUGUUAUUUUGUAACAGUGUUGGUUUGUCAAGUCAAAAAGAAUAAAAAUA